UAAAUUUGAUCAUGAUAGCAAAUUGAUUGAGCUAAUUUCACAAACUAUCGCAUUUUUAUAUCUCAUAAUAAUCUUUCAUAUUUAUAAAGGACCGGACGAGCUGACAAACGUCGAUUUCGAAGGAACCUUUUACAUCGAUAACGAUGACGACGACGAUUUUGUGGGCUUCGUCUUUUCCUAUCAAGAUAAUCGACAUUUCUACGUUGUUACUUGGAAGAAAUUAGCACAGGUCUACUGGGAACCAGCUCCAUUCCGUGCCGAAGCUGAACCUGGAAUUUUGUUGAGGCUCGUCCAGUCUGACACUGGACCGGGCAUAAUGCUUCGGAAUAGUCUUUGGCAUAAGGAAGAUAUUCCUAAUGAGGUGAGGAUCCUGUGGAGGGAUCCGAGGAAGAUUGGCUGGCAACAAAGAGUGUCGUACAGAUGGCAUCUAUUACACAGACCUAAAAUCGGCCUGAUCAGAUUCUGGCUGUACCAGGGCACACAGCUAGUAGUCGAUUCUGGGAACAUAUUCGAUUCGACCUUGCAAGGUGGAAAACUUGGUGUUUACUGCUUCUCACAAGAAAUGAUCACUUGGUCGGAUUUAUUAUACAAAUGCACAGAUACUGUGCCUCAACCCGUGUGGGAUGAAUUACCUGAUAAUCUGAAGAGAGAAGUUCAGGCGGAAAUCGCUACCAACUAUCAACAACAAAUACUGCAACGUCGAAUGAAUUACGACUUCUAAAACAAGCUCCCAGUGAUUUAUUUUAUCAACGAAUGAAUGAAAAGUGAAAAAA